UUGUUUUCUGCAGAGGAAGCUCUUGUCGAUGGUAUGAGGUCUGUGCGUUGGAAUGGAGCAGUACUGUGUGUUUCUUUCUCUCUCUGUGUGAGCGUGUGUUUGCUGACGAUGAUGUGAACAAACAACGUGACUGCAGUCCUUGUUGUAAAGAGCAGGAAAACGAGGAAGGGGGUCCUGGCUUAAUCUGUUUGCCGAAGCGCGAAUGAACAGGAGAGGAGGUUUCUGUUUGGAGCAGACUCUGAGGACGUCUGGAGAUCAGUCUUCAAAGUGCCAAAUGCCCAGACUAGAGGAGCAUUGUUGGAGCUGCUCCUCUUCAUCAAAAACCGAAACUAAACACCCAUCAUCUGGCGCAAACUGGUUGGCAUCCAGAGCCGAAGAAAUGAUGUCAAUCAUCACCUCGGUGCUCAGCAGUGCCUACAUCUCCCUGCAGGACGUCCGGACCGCGAACCUGAUCCGGCGGGGACUCGUCCUCUUCACGGUCGGAGUGUUCCUGGCUCUAGUGCUCAACUUGCUGCAGAUACAAAGAAAUGUUACCCUAUUUCCCGAGGAGGUGAUGACAACUUUGUUUUCGUCCGCAUGGUGGAUCCCACCUUGCUGCGGUACAGGAGCCGCUGUUGUCGGCCUGCUGUAUCCCUGCCUCGACAGCCAUUUGGGAGAGCCGCACAAGUUCAAGAGGGAGUGGGCGAGCGUCAUGAGGUGCAUCGCAGUGUUCGUCGGUAUCAACCACGCUAGUGUUAAACUAGACUUCGACAACAACGUGCAGCUCUCACUAACACUAGCAGCCUUGUCCUUGGGCCUGUGGUGGACAUUCGACCGGUCCAGGAGCGGCUUCGGGCUGGGCAUCACCACCGCCUUCCUAGCUACUGUGAUCACACAGCUGCUGGUCUACAAUGGAGUUUACCAGUACACAUCUCCAGAUUUCUUGUAUGUACGCUCGUGGCUCCCAUGCAUAUUCUUCUCAGGCGGUGUUACUGUGGGUAACAUAGGACGCCAACUUGCCAUGGGUGGUGUCGAGAAAGCCCACAUGGAUUGAUUGGUGAACUACAGACAGACACCCGAGCAAAGGGCAUCCAAAAUAAAAAUGGAUACGUUCUGUGAGGACUGAGAAUAAUACGAGGGAAAAAAAAGACUUUUUGUUUUGACCUCAUCUUUUGUUCUCAUGACAUAGUGCAGGUCAGAAAAGCCCCUCAUCAAACGUGCCAUGUCCUCUGCACCUCUUCGCAGCCAAACAACCUCUCCCUCCUGCCUCUGUUGUGCUCCAUUAGCAUUAAGGCUUCCUUCACACUACACAGGCGGACAGCCUUUGCCUUUUUUGUGUGUGUGAGUGUGUGUUUGUGUCCUCAUUUGAAGUGAACAGUCAACUGGUUUCUUUUUAUGAAGUGGACAUGUGUGUGUGCGCUUGAGCGUGGUUGUAUUCUGGAAAUAGCAGAGACGAUAUGAUGGAGGUGUUUUUUUUUUGUUUGUUUUUUUUUUAUCGUUUUGGGGGUUUUUUUUGUUUUUUAUGAUGAUAAAAGGGAAAUGUUGCUUGAGUGGACAAAAAUCUGUCUUCGCUCUCACAUAGAGAUGUUUUCGGUGUAGAAUCCCAAUGAAACCAAAUUGAAGUAUUUAUUUUAAGUAUUCACUGACCCCCAAACCAAAUGUAUGUAUGUAAUGAAUGAUGUUUCACAUUUUGGAAGGAAUAGUUCAAGCUCUUGGGAACUAUUCGGGCAAAUUGUUUGCUUUCUUGGAGGCAGUUAGGUGAGGACAAGAGGGGAAAGAGCUACCCUAGUCUACCCUACCCUAAUCUCAAGAGAAGGCAAAUUAUUUUAUGAUUUAUUGACAUUUGAUUAUAAUAUAUGAUUAAAGAAGGCAACAAGAGUUGA